AUGAGGAGUUUGCUUGGUGUAGCAGCGACAUCGGCAAGUGGGGGCGACAACACAGGAGGAGUACAGAGUCUUAGCUUUCAGGGUGAAAACCCAAGUUCUGGCCUUAAUUGGUUGUGCCUGACAGUGGACUUGUUGAAGUCGACGGAGAAGAAGCAGCUGAACCCCAUGCGGGACAUCAAGGUGCAGAAGCUCGUCCUCAACAUCUCCGUCGGCGAGAGCGGAGAUCGCCUCACCCGCGCCUCCAAGGUGCUGGAGCAGCUGAGCGGACAGUCACCUGUGUUCUCCAAGGCGAGGUACACUGUCAGGUCGUUCGGUAUCAGGCGUAAUGAGAAGAUUGCGUGCUACGUGACUAUCAGGGGUGAGAAGGCGAUGCAGCUGCUGGAGAGUGGCCUGAAGGUGAAGGAGUACGAGCUGCUCAGGAGGAACUUCAGCGACACCGGCUGCUUUGGCUUCGGUAUCCAGGAGCACAUCGAUCUCGGCAUGAAGUAUGAUCCAUCUACCGGCAUCUACGGUAUGGACUUCUUCGUGGUGCUCGAGCGUGCUGGGUACCGCGUCUCCCGCCGCCGCAGGUGCAAGGCCCGUGUCGGUAUCCACCAGAGGGUCACCAAGGAGGACGCCAUGAAGUGGUUCCAGGUCAAGUAUGAGGGUGUCAUCCUCAACAAGUCCCAUGCGAGCUAA